AUGGACGGCAAAUUGAGGCAUCCGGCCGACGGUAAAGCAUGGAAGUCAUUUGAUCAGUUGUAUCCGGAAUUUGCAGUAGACAGCAGGAAUGUAGAGGGGAUGCCAUUUGGGGAUAAGGAUGGCGGCAAGUCAAAGCCAGACAAUAGUAAGAAGCAGGGAGAGAAGCGGAAGAAGAGUACUCCCAACACCAAACCAGAAGUGAGCAAUCAUGUAUUAUGGAAGAAGAAGAGAAAAACAAAGGACAACUAUGAUGCUCGUAAAGACUUGCAAGAGAUGGGAUUGAGACGUCUACUUCAUCCAUUUACGAAGAAUGGAAAAAACUAUAUGCCCCCAGCUUGCCACACGAUGUCCAAUGAAGAUAAAAUCAGUUUCUUGAAAGUGCUUCGGGAUGUGAGGGUGCCCGAUGGUUAUGCAUCGAAUAUUUCUAGAUGCGUACGACUGAAAGACUGUACGAUAACGGGUUUGAAGAGUCAUGACAAUCACAUUCUGAUGCAACAACUUCUACCUAUUGCUUUACGUGGGUCACUGCCAGGUAACGUGGUUAGACCUUUGGUUGAAAUGGGAACAUUCUUCCGGGGCAUAUGUUCAACUACGUUGACACUAGAUAAUUUGUACCAACUCCAGAGUGAAGUCUGCGUGACUUUGUGCAAGAUGGAACAACGGAGCCUAGGGGGGUUCAAAUCUAAUGUGCGCAAUAAAGUGGCUCUCGAGGGAUGUAUUGCGGAGGGCUACAUAGCAAUUGAGUUGGAGACAUUUUGCUCGAUGUAUUUGGAUGACGCAUCGACAUUUCAUAAUAAGGCCCAACGAAACCCUGAUGGAUGUAAGGGGGCGGGAACACGAGUCAUCCUCAACCGUAUUACACUGGCACAGAUUCAUCGAUAUAUAUUGUUUAACUCAGACGAGUUCUUACCGCUACGGAUAGGACGAACAGCAGAGAAUCAGUUGGAAAGCCACCAUUUUGAACUAUUUGUCGAUUGGUAUCGUGAAUAUGUCAAUGGAUUGGACGACCUACGUAGACAGGAGCUGGGUGAGAAACUGGUAAUGCACUGUAGAGGGCCAAAGGAAACGGCAGUCAAGUAUAACAGAUAUGUGGUUAAUGAGAAGUUGUUCUGCACUCUGACAAAGUAUGUUUUGCUCAAGUGUGAUUGGGCAGACAACACGAGGGACAGGGGGUACAAGGUUGACGAGUAUGGUAUAACGCUUGUGAAUUUCAAAAACCUUAUCCGCACCGGAGAGAGUAUUACGGAUGUGCCGUUUGUGCUCACUUCACAAGUUGACCAAGUAUUUUACGUCGAAAAUGAAAGGAACCCAUAUUGGGCUUGCGCUGUAAGGACUAAACCUAGAAACGUGUAUGAUGUUGGUCAGGGUCAAAGGUCUGACGAAUCUAGUAACAACUACCACGAGAUUGAGCCCCUCCUCUUGAGUUCCAAUCAUGAUCAUGUUAACGCACCUGAUGAUGUCGAUUACGUCCGACCCGAUUUAGAACCAAUUGAAGCGUAUGUCAUUUAA